AUGGAUGAUGAAUGGGUGGAUAUUACCCCUACUAAGAAACCUGUUCUCCCCGCUUACCUAGACGAGAUCCCGGUUCGGAAAAAGGAGACCCGCAUCGACCCAAAGCCCCUAUACCAGCGGAUGGCGAAACGCGCAGUUGAUGUUCUGAACUCGCGUCCCACCGCACCGAUUUUUCAUGUCAACAUGAAAAAUUCUACUAUCAAGAUGAACACAGUCUUCGAAUAUGCUUUCGCGCCCGAGCACCGCGCAGAAGUUAGGUGCAAUACUUGUGCUCACUUCAUAAAUCGCUACGGAGACCUCUGCAUCGUCGAUGACUCGACGGGGAAACUAAUCCCGCUAUUCUGGAGCGAGGAUAAGUCUCUCCCAGUCCUCUUCCGAGCUCCCGUCAGCGCCAUGUGCAAACUCUUUGAAGAUGGAACAGUAGGCAAGGAAUAUAGAAUCACCAGCAAUAAACGCCGGUCCCUCGGAUUCAAGAAGAAAGGAGGCUACAGGCACAUGGCGUUUGAGAUCCCAUGUGCUCGGCGGGUGAUUCCACCGGCCUUGGCGCGCACCAUGUCUCCCACAAACGAGCAAAGGGAGAUGCUGCAGCGGAUCCUGGAAGAUUACAACACGGAAACCGUCCGUAAAGCAGCAGCCAUGCUACAGGAGAACCGCCUGCCAUACGCUGAUGCCCACAAGGGUGCCAUUGGCUGGCUUCUUGAUGUGCAGAAGUCCCGCGGAGUAUUGCUAAAGUCCAGCGCUGUUAGCGACACAAAGCGACACAACAUCCAGACUCAUAUCGCAGCGUCUGCCUUCAUUGGAUGUCUGAAACAGUUGCGCUCGGGCGCGCUUUCGAAGCUUCUCGAUGGGGUUAAAGAGGGCAAGGAGUUCAAAGAGCUGGACCGACAGUGGAGAGAACUGUGCGAUCCCAAAAUUUAUCUGCGUCCACAGAAACCCCCGAAAGCGGGCAAUAUCGCUGUCGCGGAGAAGUUGUUCGAGGAACUCGGCCUGACUAAGGGUGAUAUGGCUAGAAAGUACGUGGUGACAAGUGAUAUUCCUAAAGAAGUCUAUAUCUUCCGAGAUCUCCAGGUGGAGAAGAAGACUUCAAAGCAGGAACCGAAGAAGCAAGAAGGAAUUUUUGCAGAUGUAAUUCCGAGAUCUGUUCCAAAAUUCAACCCGAAGACCCAAAGAGAGUCGGGCGAGUUAGAUCCCCCGAAAUCCAUAUCCUUCUCCAACUUCGUCCACACCGUCUUGCCUACUGUCAAGGAGGUCGAAGUUAAGCUCCAGCAGAGAGAAUAUCUCUACUUCUUGAUUAGCGGCUAUCCUGGCUCUAAGCCCCUGAUGCAAUGGCACACUAAAGUCAACCUCGUCAGCCCAUUCACCUUCACCAGCCCAGUAUCCACAUCCAAAUACAAUCUGUACACAGGUUGGAACCGAGUUACCGCCGUGGUGCCAUUCCCUCACCUCUGGGAUGCUGCGCCAGCAGCGAAGACCUUCCCGUUGCUGCCAGCCGAUGCCUCUGAGUUCCAGCAUUACCACCGUAAACACGGGUUCAGGUACCUCGUUUGUCUUGACGGCAUUGAGGAAAAGACAAAGAAGGUCGGCCUCUGCUUGUUCCCGGCGAUGCUCAAGUCGCAACUCCACCCUGUGCGCGCGACCAUCGAGGCGUAUAGUGCUGCAGGCACGAUUGAGGAGCCUGCAGGAAAUUAUGUAGGGGGUAUCUCUGUGAGUCGCUCGAGCAACGAACACACUAAGCGUUUGUAUAGGGUGACAGAUGAGGAUGGGGAUAGGAAGUUGUAUGAGACAGUGAUUUUCGAGUAA